AUGCUUUCUCUCAAGGUUGUUCUUGCCGUUGCCAUUUUCGGUGCCGCACAAGUUUCGCUUGCCGCUCAAAACAAUGGCGGCAAUUCCGUUGAGCUAUUGGAAGAGCGGAAUGCCAACAAGUUGAACGGGUUUGGGUCGCCCUCACACAAGAGAACUAGAACCAGGAACAGGGCAAAUGGACCCGGCGCAGGAAGCAGAAAGGGCCGGGGCAAACAAGGUGGAAGGAGAAGCCCCAGCCGCAACCCUCUAUUUGAACGUAAUGGACAAUGUGAGGUCAGCAGCAAGAAGGGGCAGGACUGUCCUCGAUCGGUGUGCCCAGACUCGGCCUGCGUCAUGGGAGCUUCCAGAUGUGGUUUUACCGGCGAAACGGCUAAGAAGCAGGAUUGCAAGACCAAAUGCCAGUGCAGGAAGGCUAAAUAA